CCGAUAACACAACACGAAUGCCUCCGCGGUCAAGUGCUAAGCAUCCAGAAGAGGAGGCCCUGUGUACCGACGGCGCAUCACAAUGCCGUCGACCUGUUCCAGCAACUCGUAAACGGCCAUCAACCACACCCUUUGGCAGCUUCCGCUCGCAAGCAGAGCGCGCUGACAAGAUGCUGAUGCCCCGUGACAAUCUCCGCGUCACGGCGCGGUUACCAUGAUGCUGACAGUCUCACCAUAAGUAGGCAAGACCCAUUGCGGAUCAUUGCAUAGAUGGCGAGGCAGUCAUCCACAUGUAGUCACAAUUUUCCGACUUCGGAACCUCGCGACUCACCCGAGGCACUAGUGAAUCGUAAGGCCGACGCAAGCCUCGAAAGUGAAGUCUUCUUUGAUCCCAAACUAUACCCUCACCUCUGAUACCUGUUCCUGAUUCAUUUAUUUCAUGGAACAGCCACAAUGGCAGGCGAGAAGAUUGUAUUAAUUCCCUGGGAUGCCUCCAGUGAUGAGCAGUACCAGCGCAGCAUGUACGACCAACGCAUUGCUUGUGGAUGGCGUGCGGACGAACUGCCAGAGUGGAAAGAGAAGCAAAUAAAAGGCAUCAAGUUUCUGUACUGGGCUGUGAUACGCGACGAUUUUCCAGACAAGGAAAAGUUGCUACAGCGACAUGUCCAGAAAUAUCCCACAGAAAGCAAGCCUAUUAUUGAUACGGCGAGCGCAGUGGGAAGCACCGCAAGGGAACCAAGCGAGGAACCUUUCAUCCCCAUAGGACAUAUCGCUCUCGAACAAUGCCCUGAUCUGGAUCAGAAGUUCGGCCAUCCGUCGUCGACACUUUGGGUCAAGUCCCUCUACAUAUCAUGGAUCUUGCAAGACGCAGGCUUCGGCCGCAGUGCCAUGGCUCAGACCGAACGCAUCGCUGCCGAAGCGCCUCAUUUCGCAACGAACCUGGCACUUGACACCAUGCUCGGCUCGUAUCAGACAUCUGAAACGCAUUUGGCCCGCCUCUACGACCGCCGAGGCAUUGUGCGGCCCAAGGUGCUGCGUUCCACAGAGUCAUGGUAUGCUCGACAAGGCUGGGUGCUCGUGCCCAUGCCGGAGCCAGAAUUCUAUCCUUGGCACGCGGAUGAUGUCGAAAAAAACGUGCAGUUACCUGUGAUAAUGAUGAAGAAGGACAUCACGCGGUCAUAGCGUACGAAGUACACAGUGUCCUGAUAACAAGAAAAGCCCAAAGCUAGGCAAGCAAACCACUUAUAGAGCAUGACUCUUAUCGAAACUCAAAGCCUUCAUGCUUUCCAAAAUUCUUUACAGUUGUCUAGUAUUCGAUGGCUGUCCACACGGACAUAUGGCCUCAGGAGCCCGAGAUACAAAACUUCUGCUGCGAGUUGAUGGGUCAUUAUAAUGUGGCCUUAAUUAGUGGCUUAUGAUCCAGGAGGAAUAAUAUACCGGAGACAAUGAGUCCUUGGACACUCAACGCUUCUCUGAUGAUGGUCCUAUUCGAUUGUGAUGUGCAAAAAGAAGAGGGAGAAGCGUGCUAGCUGUAAAGGCUG